AUGGGAGAUUCUCCAGCCGACACCACUGAUGAAGGUGCAGACACAUGCUGCAAAGACACUCAGACUGACCUGGCAGAGAGAGUAGCAGCCAUAGAUGUUGCUGUUGGGCCUAAUAUAGAUGACCAAAAUGUUCAAGAAGCAAUAGAAGAGAAUGACACAGUCUUUUCUGACAGUGUAGCAGACAUGCAGAGGAAUAGGGUCCAUAGUGACAUGGUAACAAAUGAAUCUUUACCUUCACAAGACCCAGAGGAUGUUAAUCAGAUGAAUGUUCCAAAGAAAGCUCCCACUAGGCCUGUUCUAUCCAGCAGAAAGUUGUCUCUUCAAGAAAGACCUACAGGAAGCUACCUGGCUUCUACCAAUGCUCCAGGCUAUGGUCCUUAUGCAACAGGACCUUUAACACAUAUCUCGCCACGUAUAGUGAGGAGACCAACGAUAGAGUCCAACCGGAUCGCCAUCUCAGAUUCUGAGGACUGUGUGCAAUUAAACCAAUACAAGCUGCAAAGUGAAAUUGGCAAGGGCUCCUAUGGUGUUGUGAAACUGGCCUACAAUGAGAGUGACGACAAGUAUUACGCUAUGAAAGUCCUCUCCAAAAAGAAGCUACUGAAACAGUAUGGAUUUCCACGUCGACCUCCCCCUAGAGGAUCCAAAGCAACUUCUGGUGGGCAGCCGAAACCAAUGGCACCACUGGAUAGAGUUUAUCAAGAAAUAGCCAUCUUAAAGAAACUGGACCAUAUCAACAUUGUGAAGCUGAUUGAGGUACUGGAUGAUUCUGCAGAGGACAAUCUGUACAUGGUGUUUGACCUUCUGCGCAAGGGUCCUGUCAUGGAGGUGCCAACUGACCAGCCAUUCACUGAAGAGCAGGCUCGGCUCUACUUUAAGGACAUUGUCUUGGGCAUAGAGUACUUGCACUAUCAGAAGAUCAUUCACCGGGACAUCAAGCCUUCCAACCUGCUCUUGGGAGACGAUGGGCAUGUCAAAAUAGCUGAUUUUGGAGUCAGUAAUCAGUUUGAAGGGAAUGAUGCCCAGCUUUCCAGUACUGCCGGGACACCAGCCUUCAUGGCUCCAGAGGCAAUUUCAGAUUCUGGCAAAAGCUUCAGUGGAAAGGCACUUGAUGUAUGGGCCAUGGGAAUUACUUUGUAUUGCUUUGUAUAUGGGAAGUGCCCUUUUAUAGAUGAAUACAUUCUGUCUCUCCAUAACAAGAUCAAGAACAAGGCGGUGGAGUUCCCAGAUGAGCCACAGAUAAGUGAAGAGCUCAAAGAACUGAUUGUAAGGAUGCUGGAUAAAAAUCCAGAAACGAGGAUAACGGUUCCUGAGAUUAAGUUGCAUCCCUGGCUAACAAAGUUUGGGGAGGAUCCGCUGCCUCUGGAGGAAGAGCAUUGCACUGUGGUGGAGGUGACUGAGGAGGAGGUGAAGAAUUCCGUCAAGACAAUCCCAAGCUUGCCAGCUGUAAUUUUAGUGAAGGCCAUGCUAAGGAAACGCUCAUUCGGAAACCCAUUUGAGGUUCAGGCCAGAAGGGAAGAGAGGUCCAUGUCUGCUCCAGGAAACCUAUUAAUGGACAGGUUCCUCUUAAGCUCAUCUGUAUAUUUGCAUCCAUCUUUAAGAAAGCAAGGGAGCAGAGAAGGAAUAAAGGACCCUGAUCUCCCUGACGUCUGUGAAGAUGAGGCUACUUUUUGA